GAAAAACCUAAAAAAAACCCAGAAAAACAAAAACAUCUCUUCCACCACAGAUCUGAUCCGAAACUUUCAGAUUUCUUUACCUCCAUUGCGGAAUUCUCAAGAACCCUCCUUUGCAAUCUAAUCACCAUGUUUUUGUCCAAAAAACCCACUUCAAAAUUCCUUCUCACUCUCACCUUUGUCCUACUACUCUCUUUUCCCAUAAACACCAAUGCCUUUGAUCGCACCAGCUCUGAAGAUGAUUCUGAUGACUUUGAACAGCUUUUAGCCCUGGAUGAACAAGAAGAUCAGCUACAACAAGACCAAGACUCUAUCAGUAGAUUUUCGGAAGCAGAGGUGCUGAGUAAAGCAAAAAGGAUAGUCCUUGAACUCAACAGUGAUAAUUCCAAGAGGGUUUUUGACGAGAACGAGUUUGUUAUGCUUUUGGGGUAUGCUCCUUGGUGUGUUAGGAGUGCUGAGCUUAUGCCUCACUUCGCUGAAGCUGCUACUUCUUUGAAAGCAUUAGGAAGUUCCUUUGUGAUGGCCAAACUUGAUGCUGAAAGGUACCCCAAGGUAGCUUCUUUGCUUGAUAUUAAAGGGUUCCCUACUCUGAUUUUGUUUGUUAAUGGCACUCCUCAAGCUUAUGCGGGUGGAUUUUCAUCGGAUCUAAUUAUGAAGCAUUUAUAAAGGCAGCAACGACUGAAAAUGAAAUCCAAUUUGCUGUAACAAACAAUGAGGUUGCAGAAGUUCUCUAC